UCGGAGCUCAAGCUGAAUUUUUAUGGGCAUGACUGGAGCGCGGUGCCCACGGCCGGCUCACUCCGUAUACGAACCGUGACCGAUCAUGGACUGCUACUCCAGCAGAUGAUCACCAAACGAAGCACGACCGAUGAGCCAUCUGGAAAGAGCCCACUUGGUCCCACAGAGAACGAGAAGAAAUUUAUUUCGACUGCCUGGGCAGUCAAGUCCGCUCAGCAGAAACGUCAUGCUGCGUAG